AUGGGAGAAAGCUGUGACGUAGACAUAGAUGAAUGUGCCGCUGAAGUAAAGGAAUGUGAAAAAGAAAACACUGUUUGUAUUAACACCCCUGGGGACGCCGUUUGUGUAUGUGAAGGAGGGUUUGUGUUGAACGAGACAACAUUAGAAUGUGAAGAUAUCGAUGAAUGCCAACGGGACCAUAACUGUACUCUAUCUGGGCAAGAAUGUGUCAACACACAAGGAAACUACUCCUGUGAGUGUAAGAAGGGUUACAAUGGUGACGGUCUGUCAUGCACAAUGUGCAGCAACAGCACCUAUGGGGAAAAUUGCUCCUCGCAUUGUACAUGCAACGUAACUAACACGGAGGUUGUUUCGGACUUUCAAAGUUGCCAAACUGAAAACGGACAGUGCACAUGUAAACAAGAAUGGGAAGGCACAGGUUGUGAUAGGGAUAAAAAUGAAUGUCUGAACGACACAAUUUGUUCCGGGGUUGAAAACGCUGGUUGCCAUAACUUGCAUGGGAACUACUCAUGUGACUGUUUGAGAGAUUAUGAACAUGUUAACGGAACCUGUAUUAGGCAUAACAAAACAGCAGAAGUUCAACCAGACAGUGCCAUACAAAUUGAGGUUGAAAUAAGUUUUAACUGGCCAACGUCUGGGUUAAAUUUCAACGUGAGCAGCACUUACAAAGAAUAUAGAACGGAAGCAGAACGAAUGCUAGAAGACUAUUAUAAAGAACGGUUGAAUGCAGAUAUUGACAUCUUUAUCAAGAACAUAUGGUGGUCUGGUUCAAUUCACUGCGUGUUUGUGGUGACAUAUUCGAAGGAAGAUCCUGCCAUCGCCAAGGCAUUGUCAGACCGAACAAAAGAGUUAAAUGAAGCUAAAUUAACAUUCCGUGGGGUUAAUAUUGAUCCGAAAACAGUAUCACUUCCUGAGUUGUGUGAGGCGAACUGCAACCAUUGCGUGCUGAAAGAUGGAAUAGCCAUUUGCAGAACGGAUCCAAGCAACUGGACUCUAGAGAUAGUAGUAGGAACUGCUAUUGGAAGUGCUGCCCUUCUGAUAAUACUGUUGCUUGUUGUUGGUUGUCUUCUUCGACGGUGGAAAAAUGGACAAAUUGAGAAACGACUUGGCGCCAGGUCCGGACCAACUUCUAAGAGUAAGGAAGGAAAGACGAACAAGAGCAUUUACCCUGGCAAUAGUGUGAACGCCCCUACACCAGGUCACUCGAGUGAAGAGCGCUAUCUCACGUGGAGAAGUAUGCUUUCAUCUACGAACACGUACGAAGAGAUUCGUCACAUACCACGUCCAAAGCAAGCGUUGGCAGUAAAUGACAUGUUUACGUGACUUCACAAUGAUGAUCGUUUAAAACGUUAACUUUGUAAUAAUCACCUUUUAAGCAGAAUAUUAUUGGUAUCGUGUUUCAGUGUUUGAUACAUGAAAUGAUAGUAUGUUCAACAUAUAUACCACCAUGUGCUAUACUCCAAGGACUUUAUAUUACAGUUAUGUCUAUUUUUAUUACUUUGAACCAAAAGUUACUCUCAGACUUUUCAAAUGCACCCUGCUGUUCACUGAAAUAAUUUGUACGUGACUGUUUACCAACGUUUUCAUUAAUCAUUUCAUUUGAUCAAUUACAUGAAAUGUGUUUCAGCGAUUAAAUAGAACUUAAUUCAGAAUAUCACUUGGACUUUUGAAAUUAAACACACUUGUUUAGAAACCCCACAUAGAAUCAAUCACUUCCGUUGUCUUCUCAUUCUUCACCAGGUAAUCUUGUUAAUCAGAAUCACAGCCCAUCGUUGUAUCACUUGUGUUUGCUAUUCAUAUUUCACCAUGUAUUCUUGUAAUCAGAGCAACAGCAACAUACUUUAUCACCUUCGUCAGCUGUUUAAAUCUUUAAUGGUAUCUGAUACUCUUGUUAAUCAGAAUCACAGCCAUCGCUGAAUCACUCGUGUUUGCUGUUCAUAUUUCACCAGGUAUGCUUGAAAUCAGAGCAAAAGCAACACACUUGAUCAACUUCGUUAGCUGUUUACACCUAUAAUGGUAUCUGGUUCAUUUGUUAAUUAGAAUCACAGCAACACACUUAAUCACUUCUUUUACCUGUUCACAGUUUAUCUGGUCUUCUUGUUAAUUAUAAUCACAGCCACAUGUUGAAAAACGUCCGUUUGAGGCUCACACUUGACCUGAUACUGUUGGUACCGAUGUCUGUUUGAUACUUUAUUUGAAACAAAAUUGCCAAUUGAUUUUAUUUAAUUAAACAACUUCCAAUUA